AUAAUGUACUCUUUGUGUUACAGUUGCAGCCAUUGCUACGCGCAUGAACUGCGAGGUGAAAGGCCUGGAGCCGCCUGUUUGUCUGACUGAUAACAUGAUCGGUUCACCACUCGAGGGCUUUGACCUGAUCCUCCUGGGUGACAUGUUCUACGACGAGGCCCUCGCCACCAGCCUUCACAGCUGGCUGGACCUCUGCAUCAAAACCCACGGCACCAGAGUCCUGAUCGGAGAUCCGGGGAGAGCCCAGUUUGAGGAACACGGCAUCCGACGACUCCUGCGUCAGCUGGCUCAGUUUGAGCUGCCCGAGUCUGUCAGAGAGGAGAACUACAGUCUGACCUGCAGCAGUGUUUGGUGCUACCGUCCUGAACUCUGAGGACCGGAGAUGAUCCUCUGUGCCGUCCUGUUUGAAUGUGUCACAUGUACUCACCUGCAAAGGACUGUGUCAGGUGUUUGGUGAUGACUUUGCAGUUAUUUUCUGGGUCAGUCACUUGUCACUUGUUGCCUUACCAAAAACUUUCUCCUGAUAUUUACCAGGAUACCCAGGAUGCACUGAAUCAAUAUCAUAGAAUCAUUACAUGCCAAUGUUUCAUUUCCUGUACUGCUGCUAUGAAAAUAUUAAUAGAAUUUACAUAAAGAAUUGAAUAUAUUUUCUGUAUUCUUUAUUUAUUUAUUAACUAACACAAUGAAUAUUGAAGUGCCCAAAGUCACAAUUUUUUUUUUUUAUUUGGGGGCAAAAUCACAGGGCGACUUCACGAAACUCCACAUGUUCAGCUUAUGAAAAACAAAACAAAGUCUAGGAAUCAGUGGCCAAUAUGGAGCCCCCAUAUGUUCAGUAUUACAUGGACAGAUAUGUAAUUAUGAAACAAAGAAUCUCUUAAUUAAUCCCCUUCAUAUUGACUUUAGUGCUCCGCAGCAUUUGUGACUGGGUAUUCUUUGUGGGACACUCAACAGUUUUCUGCUUUUAAUUGUUUAAUUUAAAUCCCCUCCCUAAUUCCAUAAUAAACAAGCUGUUCCUUACUACACAGGAUUUGACCUCUCACUCAGUCAUGAGGCAUCAGUAGCCCUCAUUAGACUGCAGAGUCCUCUUCAAGAGGACAAUAAUGUAGUGUUAAGUGACACAAUGAAUAAACUGCAGUGAGUCCUCCUAUGAACAGAAACCAGUUUUCUGAAAAUAAUAAAAAGCUUGUGUUCUCGCACCA